GCCUCGGGACCCUCGCGGCGCUCCUCGGGCGCGACGGCCCGGAGGGCGGCGAUUGCGCUGGUGGCGGCUCCACGGCGCCGCCUGGCGGCGGCGCAUGCAGAGACGCGCUGGCGCACCUGGUGCUCGCGUCCCAGCUGACGGUGCAGGCCGGCGCCUGCGGCGAGACGAGGCCGAAGCUGUUGCUAUCCCAGGCGGAGGUGGCCCGGACCUUCGGCCUGCGCGCGCUCUCGCUCGCCUCGUCCCGGCUGGCGCUCGACCUCUACUCCGAGGAGCUGCCGGCGGAGGACAGGGCCCUGGCCCUCUGCCAGCUCGCUUCGGAGGCCGCGGGGCGGUCGUUCGCCGCCGCCUCGGUGCCGCUGCUGCGCGCGGCGGCGCAGCAGCUGCCGCACGCCGGGCACCUGUGGGCCCACGUGGUGGCUCUCGGCCACGGCAGCGGCAGCGCUCCUGUGCUGGCGGCCUACUUCAUAACCUCAGAUGUUGGCUGCGUCCUAUCGGACCCCGUGGCAUUCGUUGCAGCGGUUCGUGCGGCAGCAUCUGCGGUGCUCGGCGUGGACCCCCGGGCUGCGCUGGCCGACGCUUCCGCGGACCAGCGGCGAGGCGCCCAGGCAUGCGGCGCCUUCUGGAAAGGCAGGGCGGCGAGAUUUCCUCAGAAGGCGCAGCUCUGGCGCCCCUUCCAGAGCGUACUCCAGCCCGGAAUCCGCCUUGCCGAGCCCCCCGCCCCAGGCAGCACUGUCGCCCCGCCAGCUGCGGGCGUCGGGUGCGUGCCGAGCACGCGGCGCGGCUUCGCCAGGAGCCAGAACUUCCUGGAGAGCGCGUGGCGACUGGAUGCCCAGGCGAGGGUCGCCACUCUCGACGUUGCCGAAGCCCUCGCCCAGCGCCCAUCCGGGCGCUGCAAGACAGGCAGCACUGCUGGACCCGCACCGGCUCGCGGUCGAUCUGCGAGCGUGGCCCUCGCGGCCGUGGCCCAGGGCGGCCCCCUGGCGGGCACUCUGAGGGCCCUCGCGCCGGCGCCAGUCGUGGAGGCCCUCGCCGGUGCCCUGACCCUGCCCUCUUGCUCGCUGGCCAGCCGCCCGCCCCGCGAGGCGCCGAUUCGUCGGACCCGGCUGGGACGCGGAGCUGCGCUGACGACAAUGGGGGUCGUGCUGUGGGGCAUCUGCCUCGUCGCCCUCAUCGAAGCGCACGUUCAGGCCAUGGAGCGCCUGGCGUGUCUGCGCCCGCAGUCGCGGCAGUGCGUCCUGUUGCCACGCUGGCUCGCCGCGGCAGGCCUUGCAGACUCCAUCGAGUCCAUCCGCUCGGCGCUCAGGGCGGUGGCACCGAGCUGGGCUGACUCCACCAUCGCAUUCGAAGUAAAAUGCCCUGGGUCCGUCUUGGGUCUAGGGGCCAAUCUCCUGGACGCACGGCAUGCAGCAGCCACGACGCACAAGCAGCGCGUCGCAGUGCUCAAGACCGUGCCGGCCCCGACCGCAGAGAUGGUCACCUUGUGCAACGUCUCCGUGGUCUCUGUCCUGACCCUCCUAGCUCAGCUGCUCGCGAUGCCGGACGACCUCGUCAAGGGCGAGCUGGACAUGCUGCGCCGCAUCUUGAAGGCUCCGCCAAAGUCGUUCACACUGACUGACUUGUCCAGCCUGCGCACCUGGGCCCCUGGGCCCGCGCUCGCCGCGCUGAUGCCGGCUGCUUGGGCUGCCGCGCGGCGCGCUGCCAACGUCACGCUUUCUGCGUGGAGGGCCUUCGGUGACGCCUGGCUUGAGCGAGCUUGGGGCGUCUUCCCAGCCACCAUCGUCACAUCAGGCCGUGGCCGCGGGGCGAUGUUCGAGAACCUGGUCGGCAACCUCCUGUCGAAGUUUCUGGCGCCAUACCUGGGCAUCAGCGUCCGCACUGGCAAGCUGGAGCUCAAGAACCUGGCCCUGAAGAAGACCAUCUUCGCCGCGCUGGGUGUCGACGCCGUGGAGCUGGAGCGGGGCUCCAUCAAAAGCGUGGAAGUGUCCGUCCCGCUCAGCGCCCUGUUCGCGAAGAAGAUCCAGAUCGCGGUCCACGGGCUCAGCGUGGCCGCCCGCACGCAGCGCGAGUCGCAGCGGUCCGACGAGGACCAGCUGCGCCUGCUGCGCGACAGCCGCGAGCAGCGCGUCGCCACGCGUGCUGGGCAGUUGCGGGAGCUGGCGCAGAGCCGCAAGGUGGUGGACGCGGCCGUGAGGGCCGGCCAGGAGGUGGACGACAAGGUCAGCUUCGCGGCGAAGCUGACGAGGCAGAUCCUCGGGAACCUCAGCGUGGACAUCUCGGACAUCGGGGGCUGCAUCCAGGACCUCACCGCCAGGGCGGAGCUCGGUCUGCACCUGGACUCGGCCAGCGUGCGCUCGCCGGGGCCCCAGGGCUCGCCCGCACGCGCGGAGAGGGCGACCCUCCAGGCACUGAGCAAGGAGGUGAGCGUGACGGCGCUGAGCGUCGUGGGCGGCGCCCUGUCCGAGGCCCGCCCGCUGCUCAAGCCGCUGGACCUCGUGCUCCACUUGUGCGACGACCCCGCCGCCGGCGACGUCGGCCUGCGGCUGGAGGUUGGCCGCGCGGGUGGCACGGGCGCCUCGGUGUCGCUCGGCCAGGCCCGCAAGCUGGCGGCCCUGGCCGCCGGGCUGCUCCAGGAGGGCAGUCGCCUGCAGGGCCUCCUGACGCCCCCGGGCACGGUGGAGCUGGUGGCCCUCGGCUCCGCAGAGGACGUGGAGCGCACGCAGACGGAGUUCAAAGACCUGUUCCGCCGGAAGCACGGCGCCGAGUUUGAGCUCCCCUCUGGGGCAUUGGAGCUUGCGGACACGGACCUGUGGCGCUUCCAGCUCCUCUGGGACGUGGUGCCCGAGGAGUCGCUGGCGCACUGGCUGGCGCCUCUGACCGAGGAGAUGGAGGAGGUCGCCGCACGCCGAGAAGCGGAGAAGCAGGAGAAGAGGCGAACCAGCAGCAUAUUCGGCCGCAUGUUCGGGAGGCGCAGCGCACCGCCCUCGGACAUCAGCGAGGAGGCCGCGGACGAGGCUGUGCGGAGGCUUCGGGAGGAGGCGGACUCGCUGGACGCGCUGGAGCUGCCAAAGAAGGUCUCCGUUGAGAUGCUGUUCUCCAGCUUCGAGGUGGAGCUUCUCCCCGGUGCCGACAAGGACACGGGGAGUGCCAUCACUGCCAAGCUUCUGGGCGGCAAGUUCGUCACGGACAUCGAGAGCAGCCUUGACCACAGGCGCCUUCCCAGCGCGAAGUGGAGCUUGUCGCUAGAAGCCGACGGCAUGAGCGCGACGGAAGGCGAUCUGAGGAUCGUCGACUUCGGGGCCGUCAGGCUGGGGGAGCCCGCCGCCAUGGCGCUGAGCCUGAGGAACCGGCUCGAGCCGGAGCGCACCGUGGUCAGCGUGUCGCUGGCCUUCCAGCCCCUGGAGGCCCGUGUCUCGCACACGCUGCUUCCCAGCCUCCGGCGCUUCGCCGCGGCGGUCGCAGAGGAGUUCUCCCGCAUCGACCCGGCCCGCGCGCCCGCCUCCGGGGGCCCCGCCGGGGGCCGCGCGGAGCGCGCGGGCUGGUGCUGCGGGCUCGACCCGGCCAGCGAGCCGAGGGCUCCCGAGCCGGCCCUCCGACGCUCGGAGUCGGCGGGCGUGGAGCGCGAGGUGGAGCGCGCCAGGAGGGAGAGGGUGGAGGACUUCCUGUCGAUGGGCGAGCAGUGGCUGCAGAGCGACAAGGGUAAGGAGGUCCUGGCAGGCGCCCAGGCCCGGAUCCCCGACGCCCUGGAGCUCCACGUGGACCUGAAGGGCCCCCGGCUGCGGCUGCCGAUCCCCGGCAGCCGCGAGCUGUGGGUGUCGCCGGGGAGCAUGCUGAUCAAGACGCCCAGGGCGUGCACGACGGAGGCGGUGGAGCUCACGCUCACCUUCUCCGACAUGGGCCUCGCGGCGACCGACCGCAAUCGCCUGCGGCACGACGUGGUGGCCCCGUUCGAGCUGCAGGCCACGCUCCAGAUCAGGCCCGACGCCGUGGAGGUGGGCGGCAGGCUCGACGGGCUCCAGCUCAAGGCCUCCCCGGAGAUCGCCCAGAUCCUCGCCCUCGCCCCGCAGUCGGCACUGGCCGCGCUCGGAGGCGGCGAGGCGGACGCCCCAGCGGCGCCGCCAGGCGGGGCCCAGGUGGCGCCCAGGCAGCCCGCGCUGCCGAAGGGGCCCACCACGCUGCUGGAGGACGUUGCGGAGUCCGAGCCCAGCAGUGAGCCGCCAGCUGUCCGUCGGGAGAUCAGCGAGAACACCAGGCUGGCUCAGGUCAAGCGGCGCGCCCGCGAGGCGUUCCUUGCGGCCGCGCACGAGAAGGCCCAGCAGGCGCGGAAGGGCCAGACGCUGCAGGUGAGCUUCCAGCUGGGGCAGUCGACCGUGCUGCUCGACGACGCGCUGAUGCCAGUGAUGCGGUUGCAGAUGGCCUCGGACUCCCUCGAGGUGACCGUGAACACAGAGAGCCUCGACACGAAGGCCACGCUCAUGCUCCAGAUGGGCACGGAGGUGUUCAGCGUGCGGGCUGGCAGAUUUGAGCCCGUGCUCGAGCCGUUCAAGAUCACGUGCCAGGUCUCGCAGACUGUCAAGGAGGGCCAGAGCGUCAAGGUGUUUGGCCACCGGCCCCUCAUGCUCAACGCGACGCCCACGGCAGUCAGGCAGCUGGCCUGGUACGUGCCACACCUUCUGUCGGUGCUGAGCCCCUCGCUCGACGACACGGAGGUCAGCACAGCCCCUCGCUAUCGGGUCCUAAAUCUUACGGACCAUCCUGUUGACCUGGGCUUCCUGGGCGCGGCGCGCCGCGAGAGCGCGCGCGUCGACUCGCACACCGGCGAGUGGCGGUCGAUGGACGGUUGGGUGCUGCCCGAGCGCCGCGAGCAGGUCGAGCUCCCCGGCGGCGCCCGGCUGGGCCUGACGCGGAGCGGCUCCGAGUGCGUGCUGGGCCCCGACGCCGCGCCCGUGCUCUGGCAGCUGCUCCGGCCCCAGGCGGACUACGCGCUGCUCCUGGUGUCCCCGCAGUGCCUGCUGCUCAACGCCACGUCCCUGCCGCUGCGGGUCCGGGCGGCGGGCCGCGGCGCCCCGCUGCCCCGCACCCGCUGCGCGGGGGCGGCGCUGCUGCUCGGGGGGCCCGCGGGGCCCCCGGCGGCCCCCGCGCGGGGAGGCGGCGGGCCCCUGGCGUCGCAGGAGCCUCUCGUGGAGCCUGGGGAGGUGGUGGGCUUGCCGCUGAAGGAGGCGGUGGCGUCGCCUGGCGGAGCCAGCACCUUCGCCGCCGCCCAGGCGCUCCAGUCGCAGGUGGAGGUGGCGCUGCACGACGGCGGCUGGACGGCCCUCGGCAUACCAAGCGCUGCAGGCAACUUUGUGCCUGUCCGCUGCGGCCAGUCCUCGUUCUUGGUCGCUUGCAGCGUGUCUGUGUCAGCGCCGCCAGCUCGGGUGCCGUGCUGCUGGCUGCGGAUCGUGCCGGCGCUGACCUGGGUGUCGGUGCUGCCCUGCGCGAUGGAGGUGGAGUACCGGCUCGCGUCCGAGCCGGAGGCAGCGGCCAGGCGCGCGGAGGUGCCCUCCAUGGGCAGGGCGGCUGUGUACGACGUCGCCUGCCCCGGGAAGGUCGCGGUGCGCGUGUGGGUGCGGGGGCGGCUCUGGUCGAAGCAGUGGGCCGUGGUCGGUGUCGGGGAGGCGGCGGGGCGGGAGCAGGACACGGAAGCGGAGCUGAAGGGCGAAGCGGGCGCGAUCUUGACGGUGGCCGCGAGAGAGGAGGCCCAGGUUGUGGUGCACACACCGUGCUGGCUUGUCGACCGGACUGGCUGGGGUCUGACCGUGCAGCGGGGAUCACCGCUGCCGGCAUUCGAGGGUAUCACGUUGUGCGCCGAGCAGAUGGACAAGUACACGCUCGCGGUCGGCCAUGCAGCGGGCCCGCUCUUCUCGCUGCCCAGCUCGCACGGGCGCGCCACGCUGGCCGACGGCCGCGCCGUCUGCGUGCGGUCGCUGGCGCUGCCCCCGAGCGAGGUGCGGGGCUGCCCGACUAGGUGCUUGGAGAUCGCGCCGUGGCUGGUGCUGCACAACGCCUCUGGCCACCCGGCCCAGUUUCGAGCCAGCUCUGCUGGAGGCGCUUCCGCCUCGGUGCCCGCCGGGGGGUCCGCGGCUCCGGGCUUCGUGGCGGACGCGCUGCACCUGCAGGUGGAGACGGAGGACGGGUGGACCGACUGGUCGGCGCCGCUGCCCCUUGAGCGCGACCUCCCGCUGGCGAUCCCGCUGCUCCUGGGCGGCAUGAGUUGGACGCUUGAGCUCCGCCCAGACCGCGGCAUGCUCUGUGUACUGCUGCGGCACGGCAGUAAUUACACCCUGGUGAACAGCUUCGCGGAGCCAUGUCGCGUGCGUGUGCGCGGCGCCGAGUGGGCGACUGUGCCGCCUGGGAGGGAGCACCCGCUUGGCUGGCCUGACCCCCUGGGCAGAGAUGCGGACCGCGCCGUGGAGAUCUCGCUGCAGCACGGCGCGACGAUCCAGUUCAAGCCCCACAGCACAGUCGGAGGCCACACAGGCGCGGAGGCGAGCGUCAAGAGCGUGCAGAACGGCCUGUGCACUCGGAUCGAGGUGCGGCCCGGGGCAGACGCGCCGCCUGCCGCGCCGGCGCUGCGGCUGGAGCUGCUGCUGCCCCGGCUCGGGGUUUCGCUCAUCGGCGAGCACAGCGGUGGAGCUUCCGAGCUCCUGUACCUGGAGCUGGAGCUCUUGCAGGUGCGCCUGGACGCACGGCCUGACGAGGACAGACAGCUAUUCGACCUGGCGAUCUCGGACAUGCAGCUGGACUUCCACGGAACGCCCAGAGCCAGGCACCUUCAGCGGAUGCGCCAGUCGCAACCCGAAGGCAGCAGAGUCGUCCUCGGCAAUCGGAGUGCCGCCGCGGGCGCGAUGCACCCAGUCCUGCGGGUCGUGGCAGACAGAGGGAGCACGUCCUCGCCCGACCUGCACCUCCGCGCCGUGCGCAUCGAGCUGGAGGAGCUCGAGCUGACGGUAGACGACCGCCUCGCUGCCUCCGCAAGCGGUUUCUUGCGCGACGCCGGCCUGGCAUCCGGCGACGGCCAGAGCUCGGCUUCCGAGGGCGUCGUCGCCAAAGUGCUGUGCGGCGCCGGCAAAUCUCUGCUCGACGAGGCGUGGGAAGUACCAGCUCCGCAGCAGGCUCUACAGGUUGACGAGAUGCGGGUCUCGGCCGUGCGGAUCAACGUGUGGUGCAAGGUCGACUUGGGGACGCUCGUGUUCAUUCCGAAGUGGGUGCGCGUCCUGUUGCCGAGCAUCACGUUUUCCAGAAAUCUCUCGCUCGAGGGGUCGUGCAUCGACCUGGAGCCGAAGGACGUCGUGGGCGAGAGGGGCUCCGCGUCCGACUUUGCGAUGUCCGUGGUGGACGAGUACAUGGGGGACAUGCUCGAGUCCCUCAUCUCGCUUCUCGGGCGCUCGUCGCUGCUGAACGUGCCGCGCGGCACGCUGAAGCUGGGCGGCAAGAUUGGCAGCUCCGUCGUGCAGGGCGUCACCGGCGUCACUGGCAGGGCAACUCAGCUCAUGGACCGCGUCAGCCUGGACGACGCGUACGUCGAGCGGCAAAGGCAGGCCCGGCAGCGCAACCAGAUCGGCAGCCUCCAGCACGGAGUCACGGAGGCCAUCGGGGAGCUCGGCGAGGGCCUCGGGGGCGUGCUGGACGUGGUGCGUAGGCCAGUGCAGGGUGCGCGCGAGGGCGGCGUCGGCGGCUUCGUGGAGGGGGUCGGCAAGGGCGUCAUCAGCAGCGUGGUCAAGCCGGUCAGCGCGGUGGGCCGCGCCGUCACGCACGUGGGCGCGGGCAUCGCGGCCCAGGUCGGCAGCGCCACCCAGGGCAGGCACCAGCAGGUGGUGCGGGUGCGGCGCCCGCCGCGGCUGCUGGCGGGGCCGCGCGGGGCGGUGGUGGAGUUCUCGGAGCUGGAGGCCCACGUGGCCAGCAAGCUGCCGGACCUUCGGAUCGAGGUCGUCGUGCCCCUGUGCUACAGCGCGGGGGCCCCCCGCGGUGCCGUCGAAGGCCACCCGCCCCCGCUGCUGCAGGCGCUGGUCCUCGCGGCGGACGCCGUGCACCACGUGGAGGUGCCCGAGCCAGAGUUCGUUGCCAGGGCAGCGGUGAGCAGCCAUGCCGCAGAGCUUGGCGCAGACCUGGCGAUGCUGAUCAGCCUGAGGGAUCCAGGGAGACGCUGGACUCCAGCGCAGGCCGCCCCCAGAGGACGAGCAGCCGCUGGAGGCCGCCCUCGUCGGCGCACCCAACGCGGGCACGCAGCGCGCCCCGGGCCAGGAGAUGAUGACGGAGAUGGGGGCGCUGGAAGCGGCGUCUCCGCCAACGGCCAGUUCAUCGUCUCAGGCCCCGGCCAGCCCGCUGGGCAGCCCGUUGCUGUCGCGCGGCGCCUCGGGGUCCGCCGCAGGCUUCUUCCCAGCGCAUGGCGACAGUGCUCUCAGAGUGCGCGGAAGUGCGACCCUACCUCUACUGAGAAUCGAAUUCAAGGAGCCAGCGGCGUACCCUGGAGCGGGGCCGCGACUCCUCGUGCGAGGCGGCCAGUCCACCCUCGACGUCCCUGCGCCGCGGGCGCUCGGGGGAGACGUCGCCAGCGCCUUGCUGGAGGCGCUGGCCAACGUGUCGGCGGAAGGCGGCUGCACAGAAGCUUCAGCCGCUGCACUGAGCGACGGCGACGACUGGACGGAGAAGCUGCGCAGGGCGCUGUCCCUGGCGCGCUCCCUGGCCGUGGCGCAGGGCGCCAAAACCUGGGCCGAGUCGAGGCAAAUCUGCGCGGUGCUCGAAGUGCAGAGGCGCUCCGCCACCGGCGGCUGGUGUGCGCCCUACUUGCCGACGGACGCCGAGCAGAAGCACCGGUGGGUGGACGGCGGUCUCCAGCGCAAGCACCCCCUGCUGGACCCGCAGCGGGACUGGCAGGCGGCACAGGAGCCGCCCGUGGUCAUGUCGUCGAUCUGGCAGCCGGUCGGCGGCUGGCGAGUGGUCACGGACGAGCGCACGGAUGCAGAGGGCUGGAGCUACAGCCCCGGUUGGAGCAGCGGGUCUUGGAGACCAUCGCCGCGGCCCGUGCUGGACUCCGUGCGGCGCAGAAGGUGGGAACGGCAGUAUCGCAUCUGCGACAUCGAGGACACGUCCCAGGCAGAGGCUGUGGACAGCAGCUGGCUGCACGGCGUCAGGCUGUCGACGGCUCCGACGCUGUGCAGGCGCAUGCAGCGGUGCUGCUGCUGCUGCUGCCAGGCCGUGGCCGGCCGGGCGUCGGGGCGAGCGCGCCGUGCGAACCGGACGCCGCCGCCGCUGCAGGAGUGAUGCUCGUGACGGAGACGGCCGGGCCGCGGUGUGGGAGUGAGGUCCGUUCGGGGAGGGUGCCCAAGUGUGAUUCGUGUGUGUGUUGGAUGUCAGUGAGCAUCCUGGGGGGGCGGUACCCUCGAAUGUUCUCGGGUCUGGCCGGCGGAGGGUCUCGCGUUCCUGAAGGAUGAUAGUCUGUCCUGGGUCCGGCCACAUCCUGCAGCCACAGCGCGAGCGUGUCAUUCGAAAGCAGAACAGCGCCCGGCAGGUGCGGCAGAGUCCUCUGGGCGCGCAGAGGCGCAGAAGCCCACACCAGAAGCCGCCGCACGGGCAGCGGGACAGUUGCGCGCACAGAA